CCACAUCCUGCCUCGCACCACCUCCACUCUCAGCGCCCGAGGCAGCCUCACUGCUCGAUAUACAGCACUGCGCCCCCAGCCUCCCACUCCGCUCGCACUUCUGCCGGCUCGUCGAUACGCGUGACGCAUGUCGUCCGGCUCCUCGCGCAGCGGAGCGGCAGCGGGCUCCAGCGCGCCGGGAGCCUCACCGGCCGUCGCCUCGCUGUCGCGCGUGCGCUCCAAUGCCUCGCUCGCCUCGCAGCGCGCUGCUGCUGCCGCAGAGUCCAGCGGUGCAUCUGCCGGCGCGCAGACGCCGGCAGCGUCGGCUGCGGCGUCUGGCGCCUCGAGCCCGGUGCUCGGAGCUGCGCCGCUGGCACCGAGGGGCAGCACGACGGCUGCUGCUGCGCUUGAUGCGUCCAGCUCGCAAGGGCAAGGCGCCAUGUGGCGGACAAGCGCGGCGAAGCGAGCAGAGAAGGCAUGGGCGCUGCAGAGCGAGAAGUCGCUGCAAGCGGAUCCCAAGUUCAAGAAGCACGCCGCGGCAGUCGAGCGAGCUCUUGCGAGCUUUGAAGGCGUCGCCGAGUGGGCAGACCUCAUCGCGUGUCUCGGGCGUCUGCACAAGACAUUGCAGGCGGCACCGCACUUCCUGUCCAUUCCGCGCAAGCACGGCGUGGCGCGAUGCCUCUCGCAGUGCCUGAGUCCUGCGCUCUCGUCGGGCGUGCACGAGCGCGCCCUCGAGGUGUACGCCUACAUCUUCGGCAUCAUCGGCCUCGACGGCGUGCGGCGAGACCUCAACAUCUGGCUGCCCGGCCUGCUGCCCUUCUUCCAGCUCGCGUCCGCGAACGUGAAGCCGAGCGUCCUCGACGUGCUCGAGAAGCACAUUCUGCCUCUCGGCGAGGAGCUGCGGCCAGUCACGCGAGCGCUGCUGCUCUCUCUGCUGCCAGCAGUGGAAGAGGAGGCCGUCGGCGCCUGUGCUCGCGUGCUCAAAGUGCUCGACGGCUUGCUGAGCAGCGUGGGCCAGACGUUCAUCCUGCAGAUUCUCUGGAUGCUGCUCAUGUCUGCACCGGACAGCCGCAUGGCAGCUCUCACCUACCUCACGCACCGCUUGCCCGAUCUCGACGGCGAGGUAGACGAAGCAGGCUCUGCGACAGAUCAAGAGAGCACAGCACUAGCGACAGCAGUCGUCGGGCGCGACCUUGGCCUGAUGGUGCGCGGCAUUGCCGCGGCCCUCGAAGACUCCGCGCUGCCGGUGCGCCGCGCCGCGCUGGACUUCCUCAACACGCAGCUACGCCUCAGCUCUCGCACAAUGACGCAGCAGAUGCGGCUCGAGGACAAGGUACGCCUCGUCAGCGCCUCGCUGGGUGUCAUCCUGCGCAAGCAUCACGGCCUGGACCGGCGGCUCUUUGAGUGGCUCCUCGGGCCAGACGACGAGCCCGACGAGCAGCGGCAGCACCUCGAGACAUAUGCGCUAGAGCUUGUGCGCCUGGCGCUCAGACAGCAGCUGUUCGACGCGCCACGGCUCGGCUCCGUCGCCGCCGCGUUCCCAGGCGGUGCGCCCAUGCAUCAGCAGCACCUCCAGCAGCAGGCACAGGGGGAGGUCAACGCGCGCCAGCGGCCAUUCCGCAUCUUCGUCGGCCUGCUCGACAAGUGGGAGAUCGGCCAGCCUCUGGCGAACGUGCUCGUGCUGGACGCCCUGCGCGCAAUGCGCCAGCAGCUCGAGGUGCCGCUGGACAGCGGUACCGAGGCAGCCUCGGUCGAGAUCUCGAGCACUGCUCGAAUGCUCUUCGAGGUCGUCGAUCCACUGGCGACCUACCGGCAGUUCUUCCACGCCUUGCGGGACGAGCUGCAGGCGAGCGCCGACGUGGCGCCCGAUGACCUCUCUGCCAUCGCUUUGCUGCGCUUCACACUGCGCAAAUUCCGCAUGCACGACGAGGAGAGCCGACAGAUUCAUCUGCCGGUCAUUCUCUCCGUCAGCGCCGACCUUGUCACCGCCAUUCUGCAGAACGAGCAGCAUCUGUCGCCGGAGCGAGAGCACCAGCUCGCCGAGGGACUGGCGCUCGCCUCGGACGUGCUCGCUCUGGUCCCAGCCCAUGUCUUCGUGCGCAGCAGCGAGGAGGCGGUCCAGGCAUCGACAAACGCAGACUGGUCAUUCGUGGAUCAUGCUGCGACAUUCUACGAUGCAGGCGAGGCAUUCGCCGACGAGGCAGCUCAGCGCAACGUGACGUUCCAACGGCCCGACGUGCUAGACCAGCUCGUCGAGAGAUGCACCGGCCUAGUCGCCCGCGUCUUGGAGCGGAUGACCAGCACUGCGCUGCUGCUCGGUGCUCUGCGCCUUGCGACGCAACUGCUUGUCGCCAUCGACGCCGCUGAGGAUCCGAGAAUAGCAAGCUUGUCUGCGGUGUCCGGAUCGGGCGAGGCUGCGAAGCUCGAGUGGGCGCCCGCUGCCUGGAGCGAGAAGCUGCUCGCGCGCUGCGACGACGCCAGUCUUUUCGACGAGGUCGAUCACCUCGUCUGCGGCCUGGUCGCGGCAGCGAAGUGUCGCGCGAUCGCCGUGCCCCUCCGUCUCGAUGCACGCGAGACAGUGAGCAAGCUGCUGCUCAAGCUGCUGAGCUUCAUGCGCGCGCGCCACAGCCCGUACCACGCUCGCGCUGUGGAGCUCUUCUGGAUGGUGCAGCAGGUCGCACGCGGCUACCACGCAGAGUCGAUUCUGUGCGAGCGCCUUGCAAGCGUAGACGAAGAGACCAGAGCCAGCACCCUCGAGGGUUUCGGCACGUUGUGGAAGCUCACAGACGACGCAGACAUCUCGAUGGAGGUCCUCAGCAAUCCUCUGCGUCGGGUGCUCGAUGGCCUUCGCUCAUCGACGUGGACCAAGAAGCAGGCGGCUGAAUCGUGGCUGCGCGCGUACAUGCGCUCCUACAUUCCGCUGGUCGACACCGUGCUGCCCCUCAUCAUCGAGGCGCAGCCUGUGCGAGAGGAAGUUCAGGUCAAGGCGUGCGGUACGCUCAUCAACAGACUCGUGUAUCGGCAGGCCUUUGACCAUGAGACGGUCAACUAUGCGGUGGCCAGUCUUCUGGCGCUUGCCUCGUUUGGCGCUCAGGCCUUUGCCAAAGCGCUGCGCGGGAGCGCGCUCAGCAAGACGCACAGCCGCAGCGUCCAGCGCUUCUACAGGCAGGCCGCCAUGGGCGCCGAGGCUUCGUAUCUCGACGCCUUGAUCGAACUCGUGAUGGCCCUGCUGCGCAGCGACGUACCGAGCGCAGCGGGUCUCGCAUCCGCGACCUGCAACGGAGUCACGCACACCACAGCAGUCGAGCUGCUGCAGCUGCUCGCCGUCCGCGGAGCCCUCAACUCGAAGCGGCUCGGCGAGUUUGAGAGCUGCCUGCUCGAAAGCCUCUUGGUCAGCAUCGAGAUUGGCACCGUCGAACGGCAGUGCAAGCUUCUUCACGCGCUCCACACUGUCAUCAACUUCAGAGCGAGCGAGAGCCAGUCACGGCAAGACGGCGCCGGAGACGUCGCAAAACGAGCAGGCAAAGCUCAAGCGCAGCCACACCCUCUGCUGCUUCGAGCUGUGCGCGCUGCGCUCAGCUCGCGGACGAACAGGCCGGCCCUUCAGCACUGGACCGACUUCUUGCUCACUGCUGCCUCACUCUACUCUGGCUUGGUCGCUGACGUGCUCCUGCCCAUCAACGAGUGCGUAUGCGCCUUGCUCCGGAGCGCCAUCGACGACAUCAAUGGCGCGUACGUCGUGCGUCCGGACGGCGACUUCGCCAACUCGUCCUGCGAUACGACGGAGGUGGACAUCACGCUCUUGCUCAACGUGGGCGAGCAUGUGCUGCUGCAGUCCCUCGAUGCGACAGCCCACGCGAGCCGAGGGUCUGAGCACGGAGCCGGGCUCUCGCAGCAAGCCAGCGAGGAAAGCAAGGACGCAGGUGCAAGCACCGGGCUGCUCGGCUACGUGUCCAACGUCUUCUCGAGCGAGCCUGCGCCCUCUGCAGCCACUCAAAGCGCGCUACAGGUUGCGAACAGCGCUUUGCGGAGCCUGCAUCACACUGUCCGGACUCUGCACCAUCUCUGGACGCAGUUGAGCGGCAAGCAGCCCGCAGAUGUGCGCGGCGCUGCGCUGGAGCGCUUUGCGCCAAAGAUUCGCACGCGUAGUCGUCGCUCGCUCGAGCGGCUCUUCCGCAGCCACUCUGGCGAGGUGGUGGAGGCACUUGUCGACUGCUGGAGUGCUGCUGGCGGCUCUCGGGAGAGCACCGCUGCGUCGGAGGCCACGUUCGAGAUCCUGGCAAUCUUGGCGCCCAGUCCGCAGAUGGUUGUCAGCUUCCUGUGCGACGUCAUUUCCACUCGCACAGCCGCCUCGUCCUCCUCUCUGGACAAGGACAAGAAGCCUGCCUCGAGCUCUGCCGUAUCGGAGAACGUUCUGUUCCUCUUCCUCGACAGCUACCUCGCUCGUCUGGACGCUGCUGCUGCCGUUCAGGUCUGGCCUGUCGUUACGAUCUUGAUCAAAGACUUGGUGGUCAACAACGUCUCGCACAAGGCUCAGCUCUUCCCAAUGCUGCGCUGCCACACGACGGUUGGCGAGCUGAUCUGCACCACGUCGGCCUUCGACGACCGCCGCCUCCGACGCGACCUGACCGAGAAUUACGUCCGACUUGUCGAUCUGUGCAUUCUCGUCUCGGGACGCCGCUCUGCUCGCGAUACCGAGCGCGAGGCUCCAGCUGCUGACUCUGCAGCCGAUGCGGAUGCCCGAGUCGGCGUUAGUGCGCACGCGGAUGAGCUGUUGCAGUCUGCACGGAUCAACGAGUUCCUGGCAACACGUGCGCUGCCAGCUCUACUCAAGUUCGCGAUCGAGGGCGACAAGGUCAUCUCGGUCUGCUCGAAUGCUGUGUACUACAUCGUCGCGCCUUCUAUCAAGGCGGGCAGCAGAACACUCAACUUCGACACGGCGACACUCUUGCUGCUCACGGAGAUGGCCAAGAUUCCGGGCACGAUCAAGACCUGGCGCACGCCUGUCAGCGACACAUUCAGCGACGCGCGCUUCUUCCACAUGUCGCCAGAGAUGAGCCAGCGGUGGCAGCAGCCCGUCUUUGCGCUCUUUGGCAGCGAUCCAGAGCGACUUCUGGAGCUCAUCGGCAAGAUCUCGGCCGCCUCUUCCGUCGGCAUCUUCACGAACCGAGAGGCCGAGAUGCUCGCGCGCGCCACGAACAUGCGCCGGCUGUCCUUCGUCAUUCUCUGCGGCAGCGAGGACUACUUCCUCGCGCAGCUGCCUGCCAUCCAAGACAAGAUCGUCAGCGUCCUGCGGGCGGGACCGGCGGACGUUGUAGCUGCUGAGGUGUACCUCUGCAUGCGCGUGCUGCUGUGCCGCUUCUCGGCGCAGCAUCUCGCGGGCUUCUGGCCAGUGCUUCUCUCUGAGAUGACACGACUGUUCGAUGGCCUCCUGGACGAGCUGCCUCCAGACGGAUCCGACAACCUUCACCUCGUCUUCUCGGCGUGCAAGUUCCUCGACCUCUUGCUGACGCUGCAGACGGACGACUUCCAGAUCCACCAAUGGCUCUUCAUCACCGACACCAUAGACGUCGUAUACCCACCGGACGACUUUGUCUCCGAGUCGCUGCUCGACGGCAUCGCUGCGGCGCUCGAGAAGCGACUGUCGCGAUCGAGCCCGCGCGUCGAGAGCACAGGCACCUUCAUGCCCGCCCGUGCUGGCGGGCUCGCACGCGAUGGCGCGGACCUGAGCGACGAACCCGCCGGCCUGGCGCUGCGCCGGCCCAUGCUUGCUUCGACGACAAGCAUUGCGCGCAUCGAGGAGCUUCACACCUUCUUCGCGCGCCUCAGCCUCGCCAGCUUCGAGGCCAUGUACGCCGGCGGCAAGGUCGACCACGACGCCAUCGAGACGGGCCUGCGCGUUGCGCUCUUCGACCACGCCGGCACUCCCUGAUCCCUGCCCGGCGCAUGCGGUACAAAUGCAUUGUGUCGCAGCAGCAAUGAUGUGC